AUGACGCACUUUCCAAAUGCCCCGCCCUUUACAGGCAAGCUCCUCGACGACAUUGCCGAGUCCUCCAGCCACGAUGACGACCACCUCCUCGCCGAUUGCCAAUAUCACGACUUGGUCGACCAUUCGCCACCCCCCUACCUUCGCAGCACCUCGUCCCUAGGCCUUGGCUCCUCCUGGCCCGUCUCCUCCUCGGGACCGACGACGCGCACGCUCACGCACGACGAGAUGACGGAGUGGCGGCGGCUGCGACGCGACACGGGUCACCUGGGCCGUCUGGCGUUGCUGCGCGCGGGCGCCGUCGUCGAGCCCUUUCGGCCGACGCCGUUGGUGAGGCACAGCAGCCCGCUGCGGGACGGUAGACGCGUCCUUGCGGCGGAGGCGGAGGCGGAGGAGGAGGAGGAGGAGGAGGAGGAGGAGAAGCUGGGGGAGCAGCGGCGGCUGCCGGCAGGAGAGGAGACGCGCGGUUGGAUGAGCUGCUUGUGGGACUGGGCGGCCAGGGUUGGGAACCGGAUGAUGAGGGCGGUGAGAUUUGUGUUUGCGAGACGGAAGCGUGUCGCGCGGCGCGGCGCGGUCUGGGAUGUCCAGUACGAGCCCAAGUAUGAUCUGUUUCGAGAUGUGAGGGACUUUUGA